AAAAGAAGAAAAAAGGAGAAGAGCAAAGAAAAACAAAAGUGUUUAGUUUAAGAGGAAACACCUAGGCUUUUUGACUUGGUGCACGAAUUAAUUUUGAGGUGAACUAAACAAAGUUCAAGCCAUGCCAUGAAGAUAUACUCCUGAGGUUUCUACAACAUAUAUAAGCUUGUUGGUGGCACAAUUAUUCGUUUGGAUUCUGCAUUCCCUAUACUGGCAUCUGGAAUGAGGUCAAAUUUGGAGAACAUUGAGGCGAUUGCAAUUGCUAUGGCAGUGUUGGAUAACAUUGCUAAACUCCUGAAUGAGGUAGACUAAUAAUAAUGAGGAAGAGGCAGCAAUAAACUCAAUUGGCAAUGUAAAUACUCAGUCUUAUAUGAACAAUUACAAUAUGCAUAAUAUUAUAAGAAAUCAAUUAAUACAUUAUUUUGAUGAGAUUUAAACUGAAGAAAUUUAUAAACAUAUUAACAGGGAAUUCGCUCAUACAUGCUUAAAAUUACUGUUUAGUAUGUUUUCGUUACUCUUGACUUGCAAAAGAUGAAUUAUUUAAAGUUAGGCAUUAUUUAAACUUUCAAAAUUUAAAUUGAACGCUGCUAGUAGUUAGUGCAGUUAAAGUUCAAAUAUUUUAUUAUUUGUAAUUUUAUAACCAACCUACUGAGCGGGGCCGUGGCAAAUGCUUGUUCCGGAAGUUGUUGAUUCCAGUAUACAAUUUCUUCCCGUUAAAGUGAUUGUACACGCUUUAAUAAAUACCUCAGUACCGAUUGCCGGGUGGCGGUACAAGUCCAGUCGACCGAGGCGGUACCACCCGCUAGCUUUUCCCAGGGUGCCUUAUAAAUGUCCGCAUGUUUCCACACCUAAGCUAUGCAGUCGGUUAUCUUCCAAAACAAAGAAAUUAAUGAUGAAGCAUCCCUCGAGCACUAAGAAUUCCGGACGUAAACUCACUCCACACUCGGAAUGUCCGUGUGGAGGGUGGGCUCGAGGGAACAACAUCGAAUAUAAAAUUUGUUUUACGAACAUCUGCGGGAUUAACAGCAGCAUUGAUGCUAUUCAUCACUACUUGCAAUCCAAUCGUCCCGCCAUAUAAAAGUUAGGCACAGUGUAAUGUCGCUGCGCAAUAGCUGUCGGUCUUUCUGGACGUUGGCUAAGCAGAUUGAAAAGAACUUCUCACACCACUUACGUGUCAGGAUGGAACGACUGUAUCUGACUCAAAGUGUUUGCCAAGAUCUUUGCUGCCCCCCAACACCCAAGUGUCAUCAAUAUCAAUUCAAAGGGUUCCCUACACUAUGCGGGAGGUACCAUUCAGGCAUAAGACCGUAAGAUGAGUGCUCUUGUUGCUCGACAUCAACAAAGCUUCUAGUCCGGACUUGAUUCCUGCCAUUGUACUGAAGAGGUGUGCAGCGGAUCUUGCUCCAGUUCUUUCGCGUCUCUUCCAGAUAUCUUAUGAAUCCGGCACCUUCCCAGAAAACUGGAAAUUUGCUCAUGACCAACCCAUCCCAAAAAAAAAAAAAAAUCUAAGACCGACCGUUACAACUACAGGCCCAUAGCUCUGCUUUCUGUCAUAAGUAGGGUGAUGGAGAGGUGCAUAAAUCGCGAGCUUCUGGACUAUCUCGAACGUCACAGCUUGAUUUGCGACAGGUAGUAUGGUUUCCGGCACCAACAAUCCACAGGGGACCUCCUAGCGUACGUCACGUAAUUGUGGAGUAAACUCAUCCAGUCUUACGCUCCUUUCACACGUAACGAUUUUGGUCGUAUGGAAAAAAGACAUACGACUUUUUAUCGUAGCUGACUUGCUUUCACACACAAAGAUAUAUUAUCAUUGUUUUAGUCUAGUGUACAUCUUGAGCAUAGGGCGUCGCAAUGAAUCGGGCAAAAAUUGUUGCGUGUUGGUUAAUUUAUCGUCGUAGAAAAAGGCAGAAACGUAAUCGCCUACAUUGGGUCCAUCCGAUCAAUGAAAGGAGAGAAGAAACAGGUUUAUUUCACACACUUUUUGAAGAUCUAAGAAAUGACGAAAAGAAAUUUUUCAAUUAUUUCCGCAUGUCAAUGGCUUCCUUCGAUGAAUUACAUGACAAACUGAAGAAUGUUCUUCGACGUCAAAAUACAAAAAUGAGAAAUUGCAUUCAACCCAUUGAAAUGUUGGCUGUGACUUUGAGAUAUCUGGCAAGUGGCUGUACGUUUACUGACCUACACUACACUUAUCGAAUUGGAAUUUCUACUGCAAGUAAGAUAGUAAAAGAGGUUUGCAAAGCAAUCUGGGCGGUUCUUCAGGUGGAGUCUAUACCUUCACCAACAAGGGAAAUUUGGGAAUCUAUUGCUUCCGAUUUUGAAACCAAAUUUCCCUCAUUGCAUAGGGGCAGUAGAUGGCAAACAUGUACGUCUUACUUGCCCAUUUCGCAGUGGGUCGAUAUAUUUUAACUAUAAAGACUACUAUUCUGUAGUUUUAAUGGCAGUUGCGGAUUCGAAAUACCGAUUUGUAUUUGUAAACGUUGGAAGCUAUGGUAAAGACUGUGACUCGUCAAUAUUCAAAAGAUCCAGUCUAUGGCAAUCCAUAGAAUCCAACACACAACCACUACCGGAAGACAAGUGUCUACCAGGAACGAAGAGUCCCAAACUUCCAUACUUCUUCGUAGGGGAUGAGGCAUUUGGACUACAUCGCCAUUUAUUACGACCUUUUGGGGGAACACAUUUAACACCUGAGAAAAGAAUUUUUAAUUAUCGCUUGUGCCGAGCUCGACGGUACGUCGAAUGCGCUUUCGGUAUCCUCAGCAUUAAAUGGCGAAUCUUUCACAGACCUCUUAAUGUAGAGCCAGAUUUUGCAGUGGAUAUUAUCAAAGCUUGCACUGUGUUACAUAAAUUUUGUACGCGAAAGAGAUGGUUUUUUGGUGGAGGUUAUUACUACAAUAACAGGUUUGGAAGAUCUACCACGAGAACAUGCAAUACGAGGGGGUAUAUCCGCAAAUGAUGUAAGGAACAUAUUGUGUACAUAUUUUGUAUCAAAUAUUGGAAGCGUACCGUGGCAAAUGUCAAAAAUAUAAGUACAUAAUGACUCUUCUUCUGAUAGCAGUUCGUGAAAUUAUUCCCAAGAAAAACAAUAAUAAAUAAAUACAUAACUAAUCAAUAUAUAGUACGAGUACGUUUAGUUAUUUUUGUUACCCAAGUUGAGAUCCCUAAUCAGCGUCGAUUAUUUCAUAAUUUAAUUCAUAAUCACAAAUAAAAUUAAAUCGCUACGCUUACCAAAUGCAUUUUUUUCUGUAUUUCCAAGCUCAUCAAAAUCUGAUUUUAUUUCCAGGAGAAUCUCACGCCAGGCAUUCCUUGUUGCAUUCCUGUCUUUAUAAAUAUCGAGGGUUUUAUCCCAUAGCACAGGUCUAGCUUCGACCAGUCAAAUCAGAAAUUCACCGUCAAUAUUUUCAGCCAUUUCGCUAAUAAACUAAUUGCGUGCCACUGAAUCCACCCUAUACGACAGGUAUAAACGACUACAAUUCGUUAUGUGUGAAAGCAUUCAUUUGAUGCCGUUUACCACUGUUAUCACGACACGACACGACCGUCGUCUAUUGCAGUGGCAUUGCACGGCAGCUGGACGACAACGACAUGACAAUAUGUCGUUGUCGUGCUGUAUGAAAGAUCUCGUAUAUUUUUUUAAUGCACUAAAGGAAUGUGGUCGUACGUCUUUUUUCCGUACGACCAAAAUCGUUACGUGUGAAAAGGAGCGUUAUGGUGAGGCUCAUGUCGUUGCUCUUGACAUCACGAAAGCAUUCGAUCAGCUGUGGCACGUUGCCCUCCAGAAAAGCUUUGCAGAUGGGUGGCUGACUUUAUCUCUGGCCGCAAGAUAUCCG